GAUUACAUAAAAUAACUAAACUUUAUUUAAAUAACGUUUGAGCAGCUUAGUACUUCCGAUUACUUUAGCUAAUCUGAAAUGGUAUUUUUGUUGGUACUGAUGCUGUCAAAAGUACAUUCAUUAAUAAGAAAAUAAUAGUUUAUUUGAUUUCAACUGAAAUAGUACAUGGUUUUUCAUUAUAUUCAUAAUACCAAAUUUAGAAUGUUCAAAACAAGUCUUUUCAAGAUUGUUUUUGAUGCGUUGUGUUUUUACUUUUCUUGCAGCGAAACACUAUUUGAUUUCCACCUUUAAUUCUAGUUUUCAUCUUGUCAAUAAAAAGCUGGAUAAUUCGGAUUUAAAGAAGUAACGUUAUUUUAUUUAUCUUAUAACCAUUUAGAACAUUGCUAAGUUUUUAUAAAAACAUUUUGAACCAAUAUCUGCAUAUUCUUUGCCAUUUUUGUUGUCGUUGUCACUACCUUCUUGUACAUAAACGAAAUACCGAUAGCUGGUUAUGAUAUCACUAGUCUAAAUAAAGAGAGCUGGCAAUGAUUGUGUAUGAAUAUGUAUAGGUAGAAUGUUGUAUUCGAUAGUAUCGAUAUUUAAAACCGUUAAUAAAACUCAUUGUAUAAUAUUAAUUGUUCAAGUUCACUUGACUUACUUACUAAGUCACUCAUAGUGUUCAAUUAAUGAAACAUAAUGAAAUGAACGGUAGUAGUAAUCUAGGCGUAGGCCUAUAUAUCACGAUUUUUAUAUUACAAUUUAGCCUACAGAUCUGUGAAUGUCACUAAAUUAUUGCACAAUAAAUUAAUCACAAAUAACCAUUUUUCACGGUAUAGUUUAUACAUAUACAAGCUUAGGAUUCAAAAAUAAGAGUUUAUAAUAAACAAUAAGUAAUGCCGGUGCAUCAAUAUGGAAUACACUUCUUUCUUGAAGAUAUCUAUACCACUUAAUGGCAAAUUUCGCAAGGAAAAGUUUUAUGUCAUUUGAAACUAGCUCAACAAUAUUAUGAGAAACAACAAAAUAGUAGUGACUAUAGAAACUAAUCUUCUAACAUUACAGAAAUGUUGCAAACAAUGGUUGCGUCGAAGAUCUUUCUUCGCAACAUAUAUCAACAAACAGAUGUUUUUAGCACAUGAUCUUGUUGAGAAGAUAGGAAAGGAAGUAUUAGGGAAGAAUAAGUCCCUUUUUUCGUGUUCUCUCUAACUGCGUGACCAGACAUGGCAAACCAACGUUUGUAUUUCAACUUUAUUAUUUCUGUGCAUACUUAUGCAUUAUUAUUCAAUAUAUCAAAUUAGUGUAUGAGAAUCCUGAUUAAUUUGGUAUAAUAUUUGUCCUAUUUAAGUUUUAUUUUUGAUAGCAAAAGUUUGAUUAAAUAUAGAUGAUUGCAAAAUCGACGAGUAACUAGCCGUUCAACAUUGGAGAAACGUUUUUAGUCACUAGUCGUCUAACAAAUGGUGUGUUAAUCUUUUUGAUCCCAGCCAAUAUUCCCAAAUCAUCUCCUAAAAAUCCUGACAUGUGUGGAUAAAAUAGUUAAAAUGCAGCUCUAUUUUGCACGUUUUGCAUACAUUAGUAAACAAGUAUUUUUCAACCAAUUUUCAAGAUCUAAUUUUUUUAUUCAGCAUUAAAUGUACUAACUUAUAAAGUAAUAACAUUAAUAAUAAGUUAUUCAUAUUUAGGAUAGACUUUAAUGAGCGGCCUACACUUGUUAUUCGGUUGUUUUUAUUGAAUGUAUUGAUUGUUUCUAUAAAAUGAAUAAUUCAAUAUUACAUUUAUUUCAGUAGUACAAUUUAUAGGAAUUUUUACUAACUAAAUUCACAUGAUAAACAUGUUUAAAUAAUUUAAAAUUAAACAUUCUACUUAGAAAAAUACGCCUGUUUCCAGCAUGUAAUUCAUAUAAAACUUUUUUCCUUAAAGAUUCUGGUACAAUCACACGGUACACCCACGCUGUCUUACUCCACAGUUAAUUAACUCUGUCUUAGGAAAUAAGCCUUUAGUACAUUGUUUUCACGGUUUACUGGCCAGCCGUGUAAAACAAAGCCUAAGAUUUUACUAAGCUCUGGAUCUAUACUGUUUUUUUUCCUAAUAUCCUGAAAAUUUAAAGGGAUUUCAUUGUCCUUCAAAUAUUUAAGGGAAGUACCAACAUAAUACAUCUUAUCGGUUGUGUUCUAUGGUUGAUUGAAGUCCUGUUCAUUUAAAGGUAACCUAGAUAGGCCAUCAGUAUGACCAUUCGUUUCAGAUCCUACAUAUUCAAUGUUAAAAUCGUAACCAGAUAAAAAUAGUAUUGCAAUCUACUGCAUAAUCAUUUAACCCUUUCUUAGGACCAAAGAUGGAUAACAAUGGUUUGAAUGGUUUGUGAUCUAUUAUCAAUGUAAAUUUCUUACAAAACAAAUACUGGUUGAAUUUCAUAAUAGCAAAGACAAUCGCUAAGGCUUCCCUAUGCUUAGUACUUGAGUUCGGCUGAGGUAAAUGACCUCGAAGCAAACAGAUGGGUCUCUCAGUACCAUCCGCUUCCACUUGGUUAAUAACAUCACUAAUGCCAUUAUUGCUUCAACUAUCUGGUUACAAGCGUAAUGGUAACUCUGGAUUAUAAUGUGCUAAAAUAGGCGCUGGCUCUCAUUUUUUUCUUAAUAAAUUCAAAUACCUGUUUACAAGCAGUGUUCCAAAUAUAUACAGUGUCCUUUUUCAAUAGUUUAAACAAUGGUACAGUUAAGGUAGACAAGUUUGGUAGAAACUUAGCAUUAAAAUUUACUAAACCUAAAAAACCAUAUAGUUUGUUUACAUUCUCCGGUUCCGGAGCCUUCAGAAUUGCUUCAAUUUUACUAGGUGAGGUUUUUAACGCUGCUUUACUAAAUACAUAACUUAAGGAAAACAAAAAACAGGAUAACAAAAAAAUCUGACAUUUGUUUUUACUGACUGUUAGGCCUUUAUUACUUAAUUGGUUACAUACUUCUUUUAGUCUAGCUAAGAGUUCAUCUGGAUUUUUCCCUGUUACUAGAAUAUCAUCUAGAAAACACUACUCCUGGGAUUCCCAUUAAUAACUGUUCCACAAUCGUUUGGAAUAUUUCUGGUGCCGAAGAAAUUCCAUACGGUACUCGGUUGUACAUAACUAACCCCUUAUGGGUGCUAACUGCACAUAACGUCUUUGAGUAGUCAUCUAAGCUAAUUUGAAGAUAAGCUUCAGACAGAUCAAUUUUAGAACAAGUUACACCUUCCUGUAAAGAAUUCAAUAAAUCAUAGAUUCUCCACAUGUUUUUAUCCAUUUGUUUUUAGUGAUCAACGGAUUAUCCAUAAUUGUCGCUAGAUUAUGACGUAACUAGAGGAGAGAGUCGCAUGUGAAGAUUAGCCAUCUCCAACAAUGGUUAUGAAACAAUGAUUGGUAAAAGUAGUAAUGUACGCUGUUUUCAUCAGGAGUAUGGAAUUGGUGGAGGCUAUUAAGCUGGGGGACAGAGGACUGUCAUAGCAAGUUGGUACACUGAAUAAUGCUUACCAGAAGUUUUUCCAGCUUGAACAAUAAGGGUUUAGUUUUGCAUCACAGCAAUGCCUCUUCUUACACUGCAUUGAUGUUAGAGAAGACUGCUGUGAUCUGGCAGGGCUGAGUGUUUAUUUUAUUGUAUCAAAAUAAUAUGGAAGGGGACAAAAACCUACCAUCACACGUCAGUUACUGGCUAACAGCCUCGUCAAAGAACGAUUGUUUCUUUGUCUUGGGAUCUGAAGAAAAACAGACUGAAAGGAUUGGAGCAGUAAAAAUAUUUCUGAUGGGAUACAGUGUGCCUUUACGGAACAUGCUUGAAGACAGUGAAUUGGCUGAACGGGGAGACAUGAGAGUUGUUGAUAUUGAACCAGGAACAUUUAGGAUUUUCUUGAAGUGUGUUUAUGGUGGAAGUGAUGUCAUAAUACCAAUGCUUUCUUUUCAGGAGAGUGUUGACCUAUUGUAUGUAAUGGAAAAGUAUCUAGUAGCUGAGUUUAUACCUAGAGUUGUAUCACAUAUCAUGCUUAUACUUCCAUUGUGGCUGAAAUUUACAAUAACCUAAAUGAAGUUGAAAGUGAAGAUGUAGUAGUUCUUAUAACAGGUACGAAUGAUGUAUCAAAAAAUGAAUCAUUGGAAGCUGUUCAAGAAAUUUCCAGUCUAUUAGAAUUUAAUAGUAGGCCUACUUGCAAUAUUAUACUUGUAGACUUGCCAAAAAGGCAUGACUUAGUGAACUGGUCAUGUGUUAACACUGAAGUCAACAAUACAAAUUUUGCUCUAAAAGAACUGUGUGACAAACAUAAAAAUGUUACUCUAGUUAAGGCUAGCACGGCAGAGAGAACACUACAUACAAGACAUGGGUCGCACUUGAAUUUAAAAGGGAAAAAGUGGCUGGCUAAUAAAAUUGUGGAAAGUGUUAGGCGUAUGUCAGUAGGCCUGGUUUGUCCCAACCCUAGUGAAACUACUCAUUCGGAAAACUCCAGACAUUCUGUAAGGAGCCCUCUAAAAUAACUUCAAUUAAUUUCUUACAUCAGAAUGUACAGUCUUUAUCAAAUAAAGUUCAGCUGCUUGAACAGAUUUUAUCUGAGUAUGACAUAGAUUUUCUGUGCAUAACAGAACACUGGAUGUCGGAAGACGAGUUAAACGAGUACUUACUUAUUAAUGAUAGGCUACUAGUGUCUAAUUUUUGUAGAACAACUAUUGGUCAUGGAGGGACUGCUAUUUACUCAAGAUACUCUUCUCAACAAGUAAAGGUAAAUCAAGCAAUUAAUAGUUUGUCAGUUGAAUUGGACUGUGAUCUGUGCUGUGUUGAAGUUGUUGACCUGGACCUAGUGCUGGUUACAGUUUACAGGAGUAUGAAUGGAGAUUUUAUUUCUUUUCUCAAUACAAUGGAAAAAGUACUAUCAUAUAUUAAUAGACUUGACAAAAAAUCUAUAAUUUGUGGAGAUUUUAAUCUAAAAUUUUUAACUAGUGAUAAAGACGCAGACCAGUUUGUGAACCUGUGUCUUACUUAUGGCCUACAACUGACCAUUCACGAACCUACUCGAGGUAAAAACUGCUUAGAUAAUUUUUUUACUUCUUUGACCUUACAAAAUUGUACUGCUACAGUUAUUAACUGUCAUGUGAGUGACCAUUUGGGACAGCUAUUAAUUGUUAACAAUACUUAUAAGGAAAAUAGCUCUUAUCUUGCUAAAAAAGAACUGUCAUAUAUGGGUCCUAGCUUAAAGACUGUUCCUAUUCUAAGUGACUCUAACAUCAAUGUAUUCAGAUUUUACCUUGCCAAAGAAAAAUGGAGUGAUAUUUUAUUUGCUAAAACUAGUGUAAAUGAAAUGUUCAAUGCUUUUAUGCUCACAGUUCGGUAUUACUUUAAUUUAAGCUUUAAUAAACAGGUUAAGAUUAAAAGGAAAAAUACAGUAAAUAUUGGUUCUAAGGCUAAUGUAGAGUGGUACACUGAUGAGCUGUGUGCUAAAAAAGAUAGGCUUCACUUACUUUAUGAACAUUUAAAAUCUUCAAAAGGGCAUGAGUUUGAAAUGUAUAAUGUAUUGUACAAAUCUGAAAAAAAAGAUUAUCGCAAGCAAAUUAAACACACAAAAAAACAAUAUAAUUCUAAACUAGUAAAGGAGUCAGGAAAUCAGAGCAAAACCCUUUGGCAGAUUGUAAAUAAAAGUAGGAAAGGUGAAACUAAAACAAAAGACCCAAAUAUUUUUUCAUCAGAUGAAUAUAACAGGUUUUUUAUUAACAUUGCCAGUAAUGUAAAGCCGAAAUUAAACAGUGUAGCAGCUAAUGGGCUUAAAGCAAUGCAGUAUGUAAAUAAUUGCAAGGUACCUGAGCAUAAGGUAGGGUUAAGUUUUAGCUAUGUAACUGAAAAAAUUGUCUUGGAUGCAGUUAGUCAUUUGUCUAGUAAGUAUAGUAAGGACCAUUAUGGCUUGAGUAACGUUUUACUGAAAAAAAUAAUAGAUUGUAUUUUGAAUCCUUUGACAAGGCUAAUCAAUUUAUGUUUGGCCCAAGGAAUUUUCCCAGAUUGUUUAAAAAUAAGCAAGGUCAUUCCUAUAUUUAAGAAAGGUAAAAAAGAUGACUUGAAUAAUUAUAGGCCUAUAACGGUAGUUCCUGUCUUUUCUAAGGUCUUAGAGUUAAUCAUAGGCAAACAAUUAAUGGUUUAUUUUGAAUUGAAUAGGCUAAUAUGUAACAAUCAGUUUGGCUAUAGAAAUGGGUUAUCUACCACACAUGCCCUUAUAAAGCUAGUUGAGGGUAUACAUGAUUGUUUUGAGGGUAAGGACCUUGCUGCGGUCACGUUCUGUGACCUCAGCAAGGCCUUUGAUUGUGUUUCACACGAUCUUAUAGUUUCUAAGCUUGAGUAUUUUAGGGUAAAGGGUGUGGCUCUUCAAAUCUUUCAAUCCUACCUUGAGAACAGAGUACAAUAUGUACAAGACAGUAAUGAAUCCUCAUGUCUCUUGCCUGUCACGUGCGGUGUUCCGCAGGGAUCUGUUUUGGGUCCUUUAUUAUUUAUUAUUAUGGUUAACGACCUCAGUAGUAAUAUUCCUGCGGAGAUUAUUCUCUAUGCAGAUGACACUACUGUCUUAAAUAGGCAUGAUAGUGAAAGUCUGGCAUUAGAAAAUGCUAAAUAUAAUCAAACCCUCAUUGAGAAUUGGUUGGCUGCUAACGAACUAGUGUUAAACAAGGAAAAAACCAAAACUGUACUUUUUUCUCUUAAAGAAAAAAAUAUGAACUUAGAUAGUCCAAUGUUCUUGGGAUUAACUUUAGACCCAACCCUUAAUUGGCACCAACACAUAUCUGUCCUCAAAAGUAGGCUUAGUAAAAGCAUUUACGCUUUAAAAAGGUUAAGUGGUGAGUUGGAAAGGGAAGGCCUAAGGCAGGCCUAUUUUGGUUUAUUUCAUGCCCAUAUGUCUUAUGGUUUAAUAGUAUGGGGUGGUGCUCCCAAGUCAGAAGAUAUAUUUGUUGCACAAAAAAAAGCUAUAAGAGUAAUUACUGGUUCCCAUAGAUUAGCCCAUUGUAAACAAUUAUUUAUUGAAUUAAGAAUAUUGACUUUACAUUCCCUAUACAUAUUUCAGUGUCUCAUGUACUUGAGAGCUAAUUUAGACAAGGUACAUACAAGAAGCUCCAUUCAUUCCCACAAUACUAGAUCUGCAAAUUUAAUUAAUUUACCACAAAAUAGGCUAUUAAAAAGUGAAAGAAAUCCCAUAGUUAUAUCAAGCCGAUUAAUGAAUAAGUUACCCGACACAGUCAAGAAUUUAGAAAAUGAUAAAUUUAAAAUCUGUAUCAUAAAUUUUUUAUUAAAAAAUCCGUUUUAUAAAGUGGAAGAAUUUCUUUCUGAGAGUUGGUCCGAAUUGGAUUUUAGCCUGACCUGACGCUUUCAAAGAAUCUUUUGUCACUUUGUGCUAAACAAAUAUAUGUUUAAGUAAAAUAAUAUCUAUUUAUUGUAAUGUCCAAUGUGUUGUUUAUUAUAAUGUUUAAGUUAGGCCUGUUGUAAUUUAUAAAAUGCUAUUUUGAUUAAAAUAUUUACUAGUAUUGUAAUACUAUAUUGCUGUUAUUUAUAUUAUAGGGCCUACUGUAGUCUUAAAAUAGUCCAUUGGCUUAGGUUAUAUUUAUGUAAACAAUGGCUUGUGUGUAGAAAUAUUAAUCUCAUAGUUACAUGACUUGCCUAUGUAUUCUAUGGAAUAUCUUGUGGUGAAUAAAGAUUCUAUUCUAUUCUAUUCUAUUCUAUUCUAUUCAUUGACAUUUGAAAAUAUAUUUAUAGCAAUUUCAAAUCCAGUUUGUUUCCUGUACAAGAAGUUGGAAGAUGCUCUUUUAAAAAUACUUGAACGCGAUACAGACAAUAUUUUUUCCUCACCAAUGUUCUUACAGCUGGAUACCACAGCGUUGCAGCAGAUUGUUAAGGCUAAACAUCUGAGUACAAGUGAGGUACGCGUUUGGAUAGCUGUUGUAAAAUGGGGCAAACAUGCAGCCAACUCUAAAAAUGGCGAGGAUGUGAGAAAUCACAUACUUUCCCAUCUCAAGUUUAUUCGUUUUUGCACAUUUCCAUGUACAAAAUUUUGCGAAACUGUAAUUCCCACAGGUAUACUAACUUGUGAGGAAGUUAACGAGAUAUGCAAUUAUUUUGGUACAGGUGACGCUCCGGAUUUGGAGUACAUUUGUAACAACACUAAUCCUCGAGUUGAAUCUGAAACAAAAAUAACUUUUGUUCAUGUUGUAAAAGACAUAAAUAAUGCCAAUGAAAAAUAUAGUGUGUCUAAAAAAUACCUUUUUCACAACUGUUACUGGUAUAUCACAGUUCAAUCAAAUGAUAAAAUAGAUUUAGAAGUUUAUAUGAAUUGUAUAGGGAUCUCAAGUGAUACUUCUUGGGAGGUCCAAGUAGAUUGUAAUCUUUCUCUGAUAAACCAGCAAAGCAAGGGGAAUUUGAGUAAAUCCUUAAAAACGAAAUUUUCUAAUAUAAAUAGUGUUUGGGGAUUUUCUUCAUUUUAUUCUUGGAACAAUCUCAUAAAUGUUUCAAAUGGGUUUUUACUAGACAACACUAUUAUUAUAAUGGCUCAAGUGAAAUUAAAUGAAUAAGGACAAUAAUAAUUAUCAUGGUUUAUUAUGGAACUGUAGUGUUAUGUCAACCUGUCAUUUUAUGUUAACCAGACUUGUAAUUUGAUUUGUCAAAUAUAUUAGUAAUUCAUUGUGCUUUCAUUAGUAUAAGUUGGCUACUGUGUUUAAAUGAUACCUACAUAUUAUAAAAUGGUUGAUAAUUUCCAUUGUAAUGUGAAGUAAAGAAUUUAUGAAAACAAA